AUGGCUGCUGCGAAGAGAAGCAUCUUGAAGCACUUGAACUUUGCUCGCUCAUACUCUACCAGCUUGCACCGAAAUGCAGGCGACAAAUUAGCUGCUUUGAGAACUGCAAUGAAUAAUCUCGAUGCCUUUGUCGUACCUUCCGAAGAUGCUCAUCAGAGCGAAUAUACAGCUGAAUGUGAUAAUAGAAGAGCCUGGAUUUCAGGAUUUACAGGGUCUGCAGGCUGUGCUGUUGUAACAAGGAACGACGCAGCAUUGUUCACAGACGGCAGAUACUUCUUACAGGCAUCAAAGGAAUUGGAUGAAAAGCACUGGAAAUUAAUGAAGCAAGGCAUCCCCGGUGUGCCAACAUGGCAAGAGUAUGUCAAGGGCCUACCAGCCAAUUCGUCCAUUGGCAUUGACCCAUCCGUCAUUACCAUGGAAGAAGCCGAACAGUUGAGCAAGGAAUUGAGCUUAAUUGGUUCAAAACUGGUCUACGUUACCGAAAACCCUGUCGAUCAAAUUCGAUCUUCGGAUCGUCCUUCAAGGCCUUCUGAGCCUAUCAAAGUGCAUCCCAUCCAGUACGCAGGAAAGUCUGUGAAAUCCAAGUUGAACGAACUACGAAAAUCAUGCGACAACAACAGUGUCAUUGUAUCUGCGCUCGAUGAGAUUGCAUGGUUACUGAAUCUACGGGGCUCUGACAUUCACUGCAGUCCAGUCUUUUUUUCGUACGUGGUGGUGACCCCACAGCAAGCGACAUUGUAUCUGCAGCCCUCAGCCAAGUUGUCAGACCAAGUGAAAUCGCAUCUGAACGAAGCCGGCGUGCAACUCGCCAACUACGACCAGAUGUUGUCGGAUGUCAGCCACUUAAAUCAGCCAUUCCUGAUUGAUCCCAGCACCACCAAUAUGUCCAUUUGUGAAGCCAUUGGAGAAGCAAACAUUCGAUCCAAGCAAGGGCCAUCCUUUAUUAGUAUGGCUAAGGCUGUCAAGAAUGAGUCUGAGCUCAAUGGCAUACGUAACUGCCACAAGAGAGAUGCUGUAGCCCUGUGCAAGCACUUUUCAUGGUUAUCCGAGUCAUUGACGAUCCAGAAACAAACGAUUCGGGAAUCGGAAGCUGCAGAUCAUUUAGCAGCCAUGCGUCAAUUGGAUCCCACCUAUGUUGGCCUGUCAUUUGAUACCAUUGCUGCUACUGGUCCAAAUGGAGCAAUCAUUCAUUACCAACCAGACCCCAAAGAUUCAGCCAUCAUCAAUCCUCGACGCAUCUAUCUAUGUGAUUCAGGUGCGCAGUAUGUGGAUGGCACCACCGAUGUGACAAGGACGUACAUGUUUGAUGGUGAGCCUAUUGAAUUCCAAAAAAGAGCAUUCACUCGAGUCUUGCAGUGCCAUAUUGCUGUAGAUCAGGCUGUGUUUCCUCAAGGCACAACAGGGUAUCAACUGGACUCCAUUGCCCGACUUGCACUUUGGAAAGAUGGACUUAAUUUUAGACAUGGCGUGGGUCACGGUGUGGGUGCCUACUUGAAUGUACAUGAAGGACCCCAUGGCAUUGGAAAUAGAGCCUCCUACAAUGCAGUGCCACUGCAACCUGGCAUGGUUGUCACCAAUGAACCAGGCUAUUAUGAAGAUGGUCAAUUCGGCAUCAGAAUCGAGAAUGUGUUGACUGUACGCAGAGCAUCUACGCCUUAUCGCUUUGGGAACACAGACUCUUUGGGAUUUGAGCAUGUCACAUUUGUGCCCAUUGGACGAAAGCUGCUGGAGGAUGGAUUGCUGACACCAAGCGACAAACUGUGGAUCAACAAAUACCAUCAAGAGUGUCGGGAUGUCUUGGAGCCGCUACUGGAUAACAAGGCACUUUCAUGGCUAGAGAGAGAAACUGAGCCAUUACGCUGA